AUGGUGUCGUUUACGGGUUUCGUCUCUGUUUCGGCAACCGCCGCCUCCAUAUGCAUGGUCGGCGCCCCUGUAGUUACUGUAAGAAAAAUGGAGAAGCAGCGUUCAGUAGGGGCGAUGACUCCAUUGUACUUUUCUGCACAACUAGCGAGCUGCGCGGUUUGGUCCAUAUACGGCGUCAUGCAGGAUGCAUUUGGCGUGAUAUUGUGCAACGCCAUUGGAAACGCCAUUGCGACUUACUGUUUGCUUGUGUUCCUCUCAGUUGCCCGUCGUGAGGAGAAGUCGGGACACCGCAUAGCCAACACAACGUACAAAAAGUCGCAGACGACCGUAAUGAUAGCGAUCUCUUUCAUAGCCUGCGCGUCGCUGCUGAUUGUGUGCCUCGCCUCUGUGAAGCCACCGGCCGCCAAGACUUUGAAUGGACUCCUCGGAAGCUGUUGCUCCGUUUUCAUGUUGAGUUCUCCCUUGGCGCUGGCCGGGGCCAUCAUAAAGAACAAGAACGCGGAGGGUUUGGCACCACUUACGAUAACCUUCGCGCUUGCAAACACAUCGCUCUGGUGUCUUUACGCCCUCCUAAAAAGGGAUAUUUUUAUAUUUGUCCCAAAUCUCCUCGGUAUUGCUGCUUGCCUCUUUCAGUUUUUGCUUUUUUUCAUGUACGGGCAAAAACCUGCGAAGGCUGUCGCCGUAAAGGCCGCCGUUGCACCCCUUCCCUUUUCGGGCGAUUAG